AUGAAGUACGUUUUGGUUUCCGGAGGUGUCAUCUCCGGCGUCGGCAAGGGCAUUAUUGCCUCCAGCACUGGCCUGUUGCUGAAGACUACUGGUCUUGCUGUUACCAGUAUCAAGAUCGAUCCCUACAUCAACAUCGAUGCGGGUACUAUGGCCCCCACCGAACACGGCGAGGUCUAUGUCACAGAUGACGGCGGCGAAAUGGACCUUGACCUGGGCAACUACGAACGCUACCUGCUCACCACCCUGUCCCGCGAUCACAACAUCACCACCGGCAAGAUCUACCAGCACGUUAUCAACCGCGAGCGAAUUGGCCACUACCUGGGUAAGACCGUCCAGGUUGUCCCCCACGUGACCGAUGCCAUUCAAGAUUGGAUUGAGCGUGUGGCCCGGAUCCCUGUCGACGAGUCUGGUGUUGAGCCCGACGUUUGUAUCAUUGAGCUGGGUGGUACUGUUGGAGAUAUCGAGAGUGCUCCUUUCAUUCACGCUCUGAGUCAGCUCCAGCGCCGCGCUGGCAAGUCCAACUUCGUCCAGAUCCACGUUUCCUACGUCCCCGUGAUCCCUCCUGGCCCUGGUGGUGAGCAAAAGACUAAGCCCACCCAGCGUGCUAUGAGUGAUGUGCGCAGCGCCGGUCUGAACCCCGAUCUGAUCGCCUGUCGCUGUGAGCUGCCCCUCGAGGCUCCCACGAUCCAGAAGAUCGCCAACAUGUGCUCUAUGGAGCCUCACCAGGUUCUGGGUGUGCACAACGUAACCACUACCUACCACGUGCCAAUGCUCCUGGAGAAGCAGAACCUGGUCGGUACCAUCAGCGAGCUCUUCAACCUCAACUCGCCCACCUCCACUGUCACCCCUCCCCCUGCCGAGCGCAUCGAGAGCGGUAAGCGCAUGUGGGACGACUGGUGCGAGCUCGCUCGCGGCCAGGAGUUUGUCCAUGACACCGUCUCCAUCGCCCUGGUGGGUAAAUACAUCUCGCUCCACGAUGCGUACAUCAGUGUUUCCAAGGCUCUCGAGCACGCUGCUAUGUACUGCCACAAGAAGGUCCAGAUUGUCUGGGUCGAUGCCUCGCACCUUGAGGAGGAAUUCAACUCGCCGGCCGAGUACCACAAGGCGUGGCACGCCGUCUGCACUGCGGAUGGUGUCCUGGUUACUGGUGGAUUCGGUAACCGUGCCACUGAGGGCAAGAUCAAGGCCAUCACCUGGGCUCGCACGCAGAAGAAGCCCUUCCUCGGCGUGUGUCUCGGUAUGCAGCUGGCUGUUCUCGAGUACUGCCGCAACGUCGCCGGUAUCGAGGAUGUCGGCAGCGAGGAGCUUCACCCCAACGCCAAGAACCACGCCAUUGUCUACAUGCCUGAGGUUGACAAGGACAAGCUCGGUGGAACCAUGCGUUUGGGUAAGCACCCCUGUAUCUUCCAGGAGGGUACUGAGUGGUCCCGUCUGCGGGCUCUGUACGGUCCCACCACCACCCAAGUUGAGGAGCGUCACCGUCACCGUUACGAGGUGAACCCUGCGAUGAUUGAUCAGAUUGAGAAGGCUGGUCUCUCGUUCAUCGGUAAGGACAUCAAGGGUGAGCGUAUGGAGAUCGUCGAGAUCAAGGACCACCCCUGGUUCGUUGGUGUGCAGUUCCACCCUGAGUACCUCAGUCGUGUGUUGAGCCCCAGCAAGGCUUUCCUUGGUUUCUUCGCUGCUGCUGCUGGAUGUCUGGAUGAAGUUACAAAGGCUGUUAAUGCUGGUCAGCGGAGCAUUGGAAGACGUCAAUAA